AGUAAUAACGCAGACAGCGUAAAGGCAACAGUUUAUAUAGUGAGCAUAUAUUUUUUUUAAUUUAGAGGUUAGCUUUAAUUUAUUGUAGUGUAGUGUUUUUAGCAAAAAAAACUCAAAAACCAUGUUGCAGUAUUUGGCAAUAAUUAGCUUCCUAGCCUUUACUGGCGGAUCUCAGGCUCUUCCUACGGGUAACGAAGUGGUACCAGACCAGGAGCUAGUGCUGGCUUUUGUUAUUAACCGACACGGAGAAAGAACACCAGAUGCUGAUGAAUUGUCUUUAUCAAACGAACAAGAAAAACUUAAGAAUUUGACGGCUUUAGAUGGCCUGGAGGGAUUAACAAAUGUUGGCAAGCGCAGAGCAUAUCAAAUUGGGAAAUACCUUCGCCAACGAUAUGGAUAUCAGGGCCACAAUUUGGUGUCGAAUUUGUACCUCCAGGAUGAAAUUGCUAUAAGAAGUACUGAUAAAGAUAGAACAAAAAUGACAGCUCUGGUCGCAAUGGCAGCUCUCUACCCACCAGAAGUCGAACAACAGUGGGAUGAAGGAUUAGGAAAAGUUUGGCAGCCAGUUCCCUAUAUAGCUGUUCCUUUAAGUGAAGACUAUCUGCGUUAUUACUCCAACUGUCAAAGGUUCAAGGCCUUAAUGGCUACCGCAAAGCAAGAGUCAAUAAACGAAGAAUUCAAGCCAUUCGAUCAUCUAAUUCCUAGACUAAAAGCACUGACAGGAAGGAACUUCACAGAAGACCCGUUGCUAUUUGAGACACUAUUUGAUCUUUUGAGGAGUCAGGUCGGCCUAGGUCUAGACAUACCGGAGUGGGCUAAGCCGUUACUUCCUAAACUUGGAGAGGCUGCCAGACUGGCUUACCGUUUAUACUUCAGAACUCAUGAAAUGAAGAAAAUCGGUGGAGGCGUUCUACUUAACAACUUCAUGAGUUUAGCAUCAGACAUAGCAGCUGGCAAGUCUAUUACUAAACGACUAAGGCUAUUCUCAGCACACGAUUUCAACAUCGGCGCUUUGAUGGAAGUAUCGAAGGUGAAAAGUGAUCAGAGUAUACCUGAGUAUGGGGCAGUAUUCUCAUUGGAGUUGUACAAAUCAAGAAGCACUGGAGAAUUGAGUGUAGUGCCCGUAUAUCUACCUCAAGCUGGUGAGUCAACGGCGAAAAUUCUUCAUUUCCACGGCUGCGAAUUAGAAGAUUUCUGCAGUUUCACCAAAUUCCAAGAGAAGACUAAGGAGUACCUCCUGCCGGAAAAGGAAUUUUACAGCCUAUGCAACAUUAAAACUGAAUUAUAAUUCGGGAUAAAGUAUUACUAAUUACAAUAGGAUUAAAGUUAUAUGUCUAGAUAUUUAUAAUACUUAAUUUAGCUGUUUCAUAUGCCCGAAAGGGGGAUGUACAUGCAAUCCUUUGUUACCUAAGGAAAGACGUGACGUACAGACUCGGGAUCACUAUCCGCAUGAACCCACCCUAAAGGGCUAGUCAAUAGGUGGAUGAUGUACUCAUUAAAUCUGGGGCGAUCCUCUAUGUUGGGGAAGACUGUGUGAGCCCCUUAUUGGGACAAACCCCUUAGCCAAUCGAGCUACUGCUCCACCAUUUCAGCUCGAGACCUUACUUCAGUAGUGUUUAACUUGUCAAUCGUUGGAGAUUAAAGUAGAUAAAUAAAAAGUUGUUCUAUACGAGAACCUCCGCCUCACUGAACACUUGGAAUGCUUCCAGGACCCAGUGGUUAAGAAGCAUUGCCUUACCGAGACUACUGAAUUUUCCAAGCCCUUGUUACUUUCACUGUGUCUUCAUCAUCGUUAUACAUUAUAAAUUUUGAUUAAGAUGAUAAUGUGUUCUAAAUGUUAUUUUUUGGUUGACACUGCGUCGACGACGCCCCAUAUGUUUAUCUUAUAAGUAAAAUGAAGACUAAAUUAUUAAAUCUAGAGUUGAAAACUGUAAGUUUCUGUUACAUACGAUCGUUACUGAACCUUACUCAAAAGUCAAUUAGGUUUAUAUUUUAUAAGUUCAAAUAGGUUUUCGUAUGAAAUGCAGAGUUUAUAAUUAUGUUAUGGAAUAAAAGAAUAUAUUUGCAGUUAUUCAAUGCCUUCACUAUUUACCAAUAAAUAUUUUAAACCAUAUUAAAAAUUUCAGUUUUGGUAAGGGCAGCACAUCAAGUUACUAAUAGAUGUUAAAUCGACCCCAAUUGACUUUAAGCCUUAAUUUGUUGAUAAUAUAGUUUAAAACUGAUUACAGGUAUUUGGAUUUUGAAAUAAACUGGUGUGCUGAUGUACCUUCCUUUUGUAGUCAAAUAGUAGUUAUUGUGAGUAGAUAUCAGAUUACAUACAUUUGCAUACAAUGGAAUUCCGAACGCUAUUUAUAAAAAAAAAUUAAAAUACGAUUUUGACUUAAUUAGUUUUGAAAUGAGAGUGUUCUAUAUAAAUUAUAGUAUGAAAAAUAAUAUGUAAAAAGAUAUAAAUUAUAUUGUAAUAUCUGUGAUAAAUAUGAUACAAAACGACAAAAAAAAUGGAUUUCGUUUAAGCUGAAAUAUUUCUUAAUAUUUGGCCUAAUUAUGAAAAUAACGGUCCCAAUUUGUUUGUCGUGAAGUAUUUAAUAUGUUCGGUAUAAGUAUUUUAAUAAAGAAUUACCUUUA